AUGGAACGCCUGUUGGCGGCAGAGCUAACUUGGGCUAUACGCCACUUUGAAUUCGAGCUGCUACUAGACGAUGACUUUCUAUCUCUGCAGCGACCACUUAACCGUCAUGACUCUUUCAAGCUUGACAAAAUAUUGGACGAUGUGGAGUCGUACUUGAGUGAAUUGAACCUCUCAUUGCAACAGAUCAAUCGAGAUGGAACUGAAUGGUACACCACCGGCCGGGGUCUGGUGAUAAAGGUUCUUGAUGUCAUUAAAAACAUUGAUGACUUUCUUUCUAAAGUCCUACUUUUGCCACUGGUUCUUGGCGAUGGAGUCAUUACGGCUAAGCUGAAGCGAGUGAGCCAAAUACUACUAGAUUGCAAACUGGCCCUCCUUACAAUUAAGAAGAAAAUUGAUAUUGUGGCCCAUUACAAAGAGAUCCGGGGCCUGAUAAUAGAUGGUUUAAACGAGGAAGUUCGAGAAUGCAAUGACAUGUUCACGCUGAGUAAAAUCACAGGCCUACCUCAUGAGCUACCGAAGAAUAUUACACUAGAGCAAAUCACAGCGAAGAUGAAGCUUGGAGAAAUGUCGCAAAGCAAUACUUUUGCUGUGCGUACAGUUGCACUUCCAAUGUUUUCAGAAUCUGAACAGAAUUCUAACACUCGAUUUGAGAUGAUUGAACGACGCCUUGAUCCGAUCCAAGUCGCCAUGGAUUUUCUAGAACAACGUGUACAAGGUUUCAACAGCAUGUGUGGCACUGUAUUUCCGGGAGCCAUUAUCGAACUAAAUCGAGAUUAUGACCAAUUACGAAAACUGUGGGAGCAACUACUUACUGAGUUCGUAACACUUAAGAAGCAAUCCGUGGAUGCUAGAUGGCACAGUCUAUUUCUAUUCCUCGUUGAGGACAUUCUGAAGAAGAGCUUGGCAAUGAUUGCUGAGGUGAAGAAAGAUCACCUGGAGGGCAGCUUCCUCAUUUCUGAUGAACUCGGUUCUACAUUUAAGACAUGUUCCAACGCCAUUACUCUCAUUCACAAGGCUUUCAUGGAAAAUGUCAUUUACGACAAGGAGCUAACCCGAAAGUACAAUGACACUCUUCUACCGCGCUGGGGUGAGCUUAAUGUUCUCCUAUCAAAUGAUUUUCAUCCGAGCAAAACAGCUAGUCCUCUGACAAACGAUUUCUCAGGUUACAAACCCAUUAGGAUGGCCCAUUCUCGAGUUUCCCUGUCAGAACAUAGAAAAGAAAAGCUGGGUGCAUUUUCUUCAACUGGAUUGGGUCUUGAUUUAGGUCUCGAUGUCAACCCAUCUCCAACAAUCCCUGUAAGUGUCAAAACAGAUCGAAUCGUGGACUUGAGCAUUGACGCCGAUAUCCUACCAAAGAAUAGCAUCCAGGCUGCGCUCAUGAAUAUUUUAGAGACCCAAGUGGCUAACGAGGAUGAUGAUACAGAUACUUUAGUGCACGCCACUUCUCGCAAUUCUCUUGAGUUGGAGAAACCUACUUUUUGGAGACUUCUACGAGAAACUCCAAAACGGAAAUCAAAAAUUCCGGUCAUGAACUCAAACUAUAUACGUCUGGGAUUUCCGGUCAUAAAGAAGAUGUAUGUGAAGGGGUAUACACAUACAAAAAUUCCCAGCAUCAGCCCACUGAAUCCUGUGUUCAUUUCUCCGGAUAGAAGAUCGCAGCCGUUGGACAGCCCAGUCAAUGAUACACUCAGAGAUUCCAAGAUAAAGCGUUUUUCAACACACGUAUCUUCACCCGAAUCAAAUUGCACUGGAUUGAGAAGUCCUCCAGUUUUCCACUUGCCUCGAAGAGAAAGCACUGCUGGGAAAUCGUCAAGUGAAGGCUCGGUUUGUGGCGAAGAUGUUUUUAAAGGCAAUCGGUCAAGGAGGUCUUCAUCUUUAAAACUCAAGGCUGAAAAGAUGUCGCUAGUUGGCACUAUGACACCGAACCUAGCAUUUGAGGUUGGUCUGCUUGGAGAGAUUUCCCCGGAUCGUAUCAGUUUGCGUUCUUCCUCGCCUGAAAGGCCUGAAUCAUCUAUUGGAUCUAGGUUCGAUGACUUGCAUCUUACACAACCAUUGAAGCAGAUGAAGAAGCUGUGGAGGUAA